GUCUUGGCAUAGGCAGCGUCUUUGUUCUUCUUUAAACUCCAGUCUGCAGGCGGAGCUGAGCUUGUUAGCAGCUCGCUGCUGGAGUCACUUUGACUAAGUGGUUACCUAGUUAGCGGGCCGGCUUCGAAUUACCCUGGCUGGACAGUGUAGCACAUCCUAGGCUGUCCCAGUAGGACAGGCGUCCGGGUUAGCCGUCAGUCUCGGCUUUAGCUAAGUAGCAGGCGGACCCGCCGACGGGGAUUUUCGCCAGUUAAUUUUUCCCCCUGCGCUUUGGGGCCUGAUGGGGUACAAUAAGACGUACGUCAGUGUGGGCUACGCGGCUUUCGGCAUCGCGGCUGGCUUUUCCGCCUUUUUAGUGUGGAAUAUCGCCUUCAGACAGCCAUGGACGGCGGCUAUGGGCGGCUUAUCAGGUGUGCUGGCGCUCUGGGCCCUCGUCACUCACAUCAUGUACCUGCAGGACUUUUGGCGUACAUGGCUGAAGGGGUUGAAGUUCUUCCUCUUCAUCAGUGCCCUCUUCUCUUUACUGGCUGUGAUUGCCUUCUUCACCUUCCUCUCCAUUGCCAUCAUGCAAAAGCAGUCUCUGAUUGACGUCAGGAGUUUCUACUUAUCGUCCGUGUGGAGCUUCAUAACCCUGAAGUGGGCCUUCCUGCUUGGCCUGUACGCCCAGCGCUACCGGAACGAGUUUGCAGACAUCAGCAUCCUCAGUGACUUCUGAUUGGCCAAGCUGGUGGACCCUGAGCUGCAGCUCGCUGGAAAAAUGCAGUGAGACCAGAAAGCAGAGAGCUGGCUAUGGAAGCACACGCUCUUAGAAGACAAACAUGGGCCUCACGUUUGGCUGUCAUUCCCUCCAGUGCUGAGGCCUUCUGUGCUAGAUUUCUCUGACUUUAUAUCCUAUUUUUACAUCUGUGGGUUUAACAUGUAUACAUCUGUUACUAUAUUCCUUUAGAAGAAUAAGUCAUUACCCAGAGGGCAAAUUAUGAGAGUUUAAUGUUCUGGGUUGUUUUUAUUUUAAAAUGUAUGGUAUUUUUUAAUCUGAUUGUAUUACUACUCAGAAAGCAUUUCCUAUAAAUAAGAAUACACUAAUCACUCCUCUAAUGCCAGUGGUCACAUCCUUGGUGGCCUGUGGUCUCUAGUGACGGUUAUGCAAAUGUCUGUUUGUGAUGUGGCUUCGCCUGUUAGCAAGCACGGCAGUGUUUGUAUACCCACUGGCAUACGGUGGUGUUUUGAUUUAUUAUGUUACUUAUUUUGCUGUUAUUUAAGUCCUGUUAAUAAGUUCAUGCCUGAGUAUUCAUUAUUGAAGCAACCAUUUAGUUUGUUGUUCCAUGCAGUCUGUCUUCUCACCACUGGGUGGAGCCACUUGGUUACAGUUUGCUAUUCAGGACCUUCUCUGUGUGUCGAUUGAUCUGUUUACUUAAAAAGCUUUGUUAUCCCUUGCAUUCAUCCCUGAACACUUUAAAUGUUUCAGCCUAAAGAAUGUUCCAGGUAAUUAGAAAUAGUUAGCAUUCUCUCAAAAUCCUUGAUCCAUUUUUUUUCUCACAGUGCUCUGUUAAUGGCAAGUGUGUGUUUUGGUUGCUGUUUAGCUGUUAUACAGAAACUGGCACUUAUAUGUUUGAUGUGAAUAGGCAAGGUGGCUUGUUUUUCACAAGCAGAGCUGAAAUUCAGAGUGCAGGGGAUGCUGCUUAACGGUGCACUGUCCGGCCACAAAUUCACGGGGUGCAUCCACUGCUCAGGCACUUUCCUUCCUAAGCAGUAAAGCUAUUGUCACGGCCACCCUAAUAGAACCUCGACCCUCCGCCUGGCUGAUCCAGAGCUAACCUUCCAGUCCACGAUCCAAAGAGCACCAUAGGUACAUGUUUUAGAAGCUGUGGAGACUUGGAUGAAUUGAACAGAGCCUUCAGCUGGUGGGCUGUUACAGUCCCUAAUUGCACUGUGGUUGCAAGAGAAUCCCAGACAACAGUCAUUAUCAGCUAUUCCUGUUUUUUUUUUUUUUUUUUACCUCUGAAACAUAAACACUGAUCAGUGGCGAUGAUGUGCCGGUGCUCAGUUCCCUUGGAAUGUAUUUUAAUUUGUUAAUUUAAAGGUUGAAGAGUCUUGUCAUUUGUGUUUGGGAAUUGCCACAUCAAUUAGACAGACGCAAUGAAAUGUCAAGCAUUUUUAAAGCAAUACUCGUGUGAUGGUUGUAUGUGGAAUAGUGUAAAAAGAUGCAAUAUAUUAAUUUUUUUUUAAA